UGCGUGACUGAACCAUCCUCGUUUUUGGGCUGCCACAAGUGACGAAGCAAGAGCAGCACGACCUCGCCAACAAACUUCCUCCAAGUGCCGGCUUCCUCCUCCCGCUGGGUAUCCCGGUUUUCAAUUGGCUGGCGUCCGGCGCCACCCCUUGCAUUCGUUUCAGGAGGCCGUGCUUCUCUCAUACAGUAGGUACCUACCUACCUGAAUUUAGGUGCUACCUGUACGGAGUAUGGCCACAUCACAACGACUCAACUGUGAUAUGACCGCACACACCACCCUCUCCUCCUCACCCUCCUCCUAAGGCCCUUGAAUCAACCGCAUCAGGUCGACUCUCGUCUGUGCCAACAUGGUGCCUAAUCCUGACAUAUUCUUCAUCAGCGGUGUGUCACUGCCGGUCCCGCCCUGGCCCGAGAACCCCAUACUUUCAGCGGCGAUACUGCUCCACCCCGGGAACGUCAAAAGAUUCGGGCGGAGUCUCGAGUUCAAAAACGUGCGGGACCGCCAGCGCCGCAUCUAUACCAACCUCGUCGUUUUAUUCCGUCUAGUGACGCGCUGUUGUCACCUUGCCUUUGAUCACGAUGCCUUCUGGUCGUUUGUCACCCAUCACUGGGGUGUACCCAAUGCCGGUCCUCGGAAGGUAGAGGAGCUUGUCGACAUCUACUCGGAACGCCGCCGCGUCUAUUCGGCAGCUGCGUACAUCAAACGGAAGCACCGGGAUAUCUUGACGGACCUUAUCGAUGCAUGGAAUUCCCGUGAUUCCAGCUCUUCGAUGCCCUCCCCUCUGUCAGGGCCGGAGAUCGCUGCUGAAUGGGAGCGUGUCAAAACAUCAUGGCUGGAACAGCUACGCCUUGACCAUCAGUCGCUCUUUGAUGAGUCCAGUCUACCCUUUAUCGGGGCUUUUCCUGCCAGAAAGGGGACACCAUUCGCAUUUCAGAUCAAGGGCGGAAGCAGCCGGGCUCUUGCAUCUGGGAAAGAUUUGUUUGAACGCAUUACGGCUCCUUCGCCGGGCCAUCACUGCAUGUCUUCAGUCACAGCCAAUGAUCAUACAGUAGAAUCACCCGCCCCCAAGGCUACGGAAGAUAUCAUUGGUGAUUUCAUCCAAACUGAGAGUCGGAAGCGCAGGUUCACAUCCGACACUCCCAACACUGCGAAGCGCCAGUGCAUCCCAGAAUCGCCUCUGAGCUGCCUGCAACUGGAAAACGAGGCUGUCUUAGCGCGUCACAAAGCUGACGCGCAAGAAGAAGAUAGGAACAGCUCAGACCACAUGUCUCUAGAUGCCAGCUAUGGGCCCGCAGAUGACGCAAUUCAUCGUCGCAUGGAAGCACAGCAAACGGAGCAAAGUCUCACACUCGGUGACCCAACCACAUCAUGCAUUGGACUGCACGUUGGGAUAAACAACGGUCCGUCCUCGGUGUCUUCUGACAAACGGAUGAAAGAAAGCAACAAAGAAAUGCAAAUGUUAAAGGAGCAGACAAAGCUCCUUUUGGAGUCUCGAGAACUCUCGCGGGAUCUCCAGAAAGCUCAUGACCAGUUAAUCAUGUUUACGGCCUCGAAGUGCCAGGAGUCAUUGGAAAGACUGGAUCAGCUCAGUAAUCAAGUGGAUAUCUUGGGUAAAGAUGUUGUGGCAUGUCGUCAAUCUGGCGAAGAGUUGCAAAAACGGCAAACAAAACAACAGAACCUCAUCCACGGUCUCCAAGACCAUGUCGCAUGUGUGGAGUCGGCCCUGGAGGAAGCCAAGAAAGACAUGGUAGCCCAUGAAAGUCGACGAAACCACGACGAGCACCACAAACAAGUUGUUGAGGCUCGAUUGUUUCAACUAGAAAGCAAACUCGAAAGCCAGACCAGUGCAAGACUGCAAACAACGGAAAGCGUCGAGGCAGAGCUGCAGACACUGGGAAAAGGUGAAGCCAGCAGCCUAGAGGCUGUAGUCCCUGAAAGGCUUGACGAGCACCAUGAGACAAGUGGAAUGAUCCGUUCGAGUCAUCCACUCAACUUGGAAUUUGAAGGGCGUUUGACGAACAUGGAGGAGACUAUUGCAACCAGCACCGCACUGAUCAAUCACUGCAGAACUUUAGUCGGGGUCAGCAAAACGACAGUGGACCAGCAUUUUCAGAUCCUCGAUAACCGCGUCAAAAUGCUUGAAAAUUGGUGUAGUAAUCACAUUGCCGAUCAGACCAGGAUCAGCAAGGAACAAACCCGAAGACUAGAGCUGGUUGAAGCCGAACUAACGCGGUAUAAGGAAGCGGCAUCAAAUCAACUGCAACAGAUGCCUGGCCGCCCAUCAUGGAGCGAGUUCGCUGAUCUUCAAGCCCAGCUGAACGUAAUGCAGAAUUCCCUGGCAGCCAUUGAGCAGACAAGGGCUAACCCUACCGGGGAUGAUUCGGGGACUCCUUUAUCGCUAAUUAGUCAGACUGCCCUCCACCGCCCUGUGCGGUCUGAGCAGAACGUACCUUCAGCAUCUUCACGAAAACAUGUACCUAAUAUAGUGGCUGUCAAAAAGGAGAACUAAGUGUCGAGUUGCAGCAUAUGUACACUAGUAGUACUACCACCUCAGGGAGAGCUUGUCGUCAAGCCCCACCCAAAGAUCUUUCAAUAUAAAGUUGAAGGCGAAAAGGGGUAAUGUUGAAAAUGCAUUUGAUCGGGCUCAGUAGACCAAAGCAAAGUCUCCAUAAGGUACAAACAAUAGCUUCCUUAACGAUAUACUUUCAAAAGUGGGCUGCAUGCAUUUUCCAAUUCGAAACAUCCUGCUAUCGAC